GGGACCAAGGUUGUGGUAAUUUAGGAGCCUUGUGGGUGAGUUAUGACAGAGGGGUCAAGGUGAAUACUGUCCAGGGCAGCCUGUCAGCCUGGCUCAGGCCAGCCCCCCCAAUGCUCUGGUAGGUGACCUCAUGUCGCUGUAGAAACAUGGGCUUGUUUGGCUCUGAGGCCCGGCUGUGUGGCUGAUCUGAGGCCCGGCUGUGUGGCCGCUCUGAAGCCCGGCUGUGUGGCUGCUCUGAGGCCCGGCUGUGUGGCCGCUCUGAGGCCCGGCUGUGUGGCCGCUGGUGUUCACUGAUUUAAGACGCUCUGACAUCAAGCGAGAGUUUGUCUUUUACUGUCACUUCCCCUGGCAGAGGGUUCAUAAAGCGAGGAGAACCCACAGUGUUGCUGUGAUCAUCUGCAGACAUGGAGACCCACGCCUCAGCUACUCUGCCUCCAGUUAGGAAGCUGGCUCUGUUUCUGCCUCUGUUUCUGCCUCCAUGCUGAAUGUGUUUGGAAUGCUGCUUCACAGGAAAAUCUGUGGAGGCAGCAGGAGAGCCUGAAGAGGCAGAGAGAGGCGGUCCGCUUCAGAUUGAAGAAACUGACAGCCAGGCAAGGUGAAAUAACAAAGAAGUCAUCUGACAUGAGGGCCAGCAUCCGGAGGCAGUACGAGGAGAUCCAGAAGGUUCUGGAGGAGGACCAGAGGGUGACCCUGACCCAGAUGGAGAUGGAGGAGCGGGCUGCUGUCCAGGCCCUGGACGACCUGGUGGAGACCAGCUGUGCUCUCAUCCAGGAGAUAGAAGUGGACCUGAGCAGGAUCUCCUCUGAGCUGGCCAGGACAGAGGAGGGAGGAGGAGAGGGGAGGAGAGAGGAGGAAGAGGGAGGAGGAGAGGGCCAGCCAGACUCUAUGGACACAGACAUCCCUGCGAGGGUGAAGGAGGUGCUGAGUGGAUGUGACCCAGGCAGCAUCCGUUUGGAUGAGCCCCGAGCAGAGCACAUCCUCAGCCUGACCAACAACCUGCUGCUGCUGCUGCGCUCACAGACCCCCAUCAGCAAGAGACUCAUCAGGGGCUACCGCAGCCAGGUGUCCCUGGACCCAGACACAGCCCACCCGAAGCUGGUGGUCUCUGCUCAGGGAGACAGUGUCACCUACACCGACACCUGGCAGGAGCUGCCGGAGCGCCCCGGACGCUUCGACACCACCCUGAACGUGAUCAGCCUGCAGGGCUUCGCUUCAGGGUGCCACUACUGGGAGGUGGAGGUGACCGGCAAGACGUACUGGGAGCUGGGGCUCACGUAUCCCUCCAUCCCUCGCAAGGGCAGGGCCGAGUCCUGCUGGCUUGGCCGAGGGCAUGAGUCCUGGUGUGUGGAGUUCUUCGAUGGGGAGUACACGGCGUGGCACGCUGGGGUGCCCUACCGCCUGCCCAUCACCAAGCGCUUCAGGCACAUCGGGGUGCUGUGCAGUUUCUCCACAGGGCUGGUGGCAUUCCUCGGGGCAGACAACAUGACGCCCCUGUUCUCCUUCUGUGUAGGCACCUUCACAGACAGCCUCCAUCUGGCCAUGUGCCCGGGACAUGACCACAACAGCACCAACGCCAAACCCCUCGUGAUCUGUAAUGCAACCCCACCGGCUAGUGCACUGUGACGUUGCUACGGAGACUGGGCUUGAGCCUGGGGACUGACGUGUUCAGUAUAUACUAAACAGAGGACACACAGUAUAUACUAAACAGAGGACACACAGUAUAUACUAAACAGAGGACACACAGUAUAUACUAAACAGAGGACACACAGUAUAUACUAAACAGAGGACACACAGUAUAUACUAAACAGAGGACACACAGUAUAUACUAGACAGAGGACACACAGUAUAUACUAGACAGAGGACACACAGUAUAUACUAGACAGAGGACACACAGUAUAUACUAGACAGAGGACAUGGUGUAUAAAUGUGGUUGAUGAAUGUUCCCACUUGGCUGUGGCAUUAUUUUCAAAGUUGUAUCUUGUUCACCUAAAGGUUAUCAGCCUAGUUUGUAUUUAAAUAUGGUCAAUGUGCUUUUUAGAUUUUCCACAAAAAGCUAUCGAAAUUAUCCCAUUAGCUGUGGAUACAAAGUCUGUGUUUAAACAAACAUUUGUCUCCUGUUGUAAUUAUGAUCUCUGAACCCAAAACUUCAGGGGAGAACUAAGCUAAUAGAGUACUAAGCUAAUAAAAUAUGUUACGUAAAGUAGCAGACGCUCUUAUCCAGAGCGACUUACAGUAAGUACAGAGACACAAAG